AUGAAGGUCACAGCAAUGAGAGAUCACCGAGACAUGAAGACCACAAGCACAACCAAGAUCUUUAGUGAUCUUAAGGCUUACGAGUUUGAGCAUGAACCAAAGGAUGCUGAUGAACCCGAAACAAGAAAUGUAGCUCUUGUGGCCAACCAGCAGGCAUCAACAUCAAAUAGGAAAAUGAAGAGGUUUAUGAGGAAGAACAACUUCCAAGAUUUUCAACGUUCGGGACACCGAAGAAAACACGAGAGUUCACCUCAAACCUCAAAGCAAGAGACAUCAGACUCGCAAUUGCUAUGCUACAAUUGUCGGAAGCCAGGACAUUUCAAAGCAAACUGUCCACAUCCAAUUGUGAGCAAGCACCAAGAUGGCAAUGCUGUCAAAAGCCCAUCCAAAGAAGCAGGAGAAAACUACAAGAGAAAUGACAAGCCAGAAUCGUCGAACUCCAGAAACGAAAGAAGAAGGAAAUCUAUGGUAGUGAACGAAACAUCUGACACUAUUGAAGCCGAAAGCAGUUCCUCAAGCUCAAGUUCGGAUGAGGAUAGUACUGAAGAAGAAAAAGGACUACUAUGUCUGUUUAGCCAAGAGUCAGAUGAACUAUGCCUUAUGGCCGAUGAUGAUGAGGUAAAUUCACAAUCAUCCUCCUGUUAUUCAGCAGAGUCUAGUUCUAUAAGGAGUCAAGCUUCCAAUGAAUCAGUUACCGAAAUGAUGAGAGAGUUCAAGAUAAUAAAAAACACAUACUCUAAAUUAAAAGAGGAGAACUCUCAGCUUAUGAUCAGCUACAAUGCGCUAAGGCAAGUUCGAAUUGAGAACAUAAAGCUAGCCAUUACUAAAGAUCAACUUGAGAAAAAUGUUCUCGCUCUAAAAGAGCAGUGUACAGAAAGAAAAAAGAGGGAGCAACAAUUACGUGAAAUCUUAAAUUCAUUCAACAAUUCGUCCAAUCUAAUGGACCGAAUGGUGAACGGAUCAAGAUUGCCCGAGGAAAGAACGGGAAUUGGUUUUGACCCCAGCUCCUCUUCACAAAUCGGCUUGAACAAAUCUACCAAUGCUUACUCUCAGGAGAGUUUUCAAUCAGCAUUUGUUCAAGGCCCCACCCAGAUGUCUGAGCCUAUGACGAAUAGGCAAUAUCGUCCAAAAUCUACACGAAAGAAUCCUACUCAAGGAAUCCCGAGAAAUGGACAAAUCAGACAAAAUGAAAGAUCCUUCAAAAGAUCUGGCUAUGGAAAUGGAUGGACUGGGCCAUCAGAGGAAGAUUGCGGAUGCUCAAGACAUAUGACUGAUGACAAAGAAAUGUUGAGCAACUUUAAAGAAAUUGACGGACCCAAAGUCAUCUUUGGAGGCGAAACAAGUGGCAAAACUCGUGGGACAGGAGACAUUAUCAAAAAUGGAAUAACUAUUCAAGAUGUAUCAUUUAAGCUAGGAAUGACACAACAAGUUGAGCCACCUAAAUCUAAAGACAAUCAACAAGCUUGCCAAGAAAGAUCUCGUGAAAGGUGUUUCAUUCACAACAAUGGGAAGAAUCAUCUGAAAGCUUUCGACGAAAGAGCGGACGAAGGAUUGUUCAUGGGCUAUUCCUCAGCGAGUAAGGCUUUCAGAAUUCUGAACAAAAGAACAAUAGUUAUCGAGGAAUCUAUACAUGUCAAGUUCAAUGAGAAAUCUGAGAAAAAUCCUGUUGGCAUUAAAUCAUCUAUCAAUCUGAAUCAAAGCUCUCAAGAACCAAAUGAGAAGAAAUUUCAGACGAUGAAGAUAUUCUAUCCUCCUACACGAGAUAUCAAUUGA